ACCUCUUCCCCGCGUCUGCCCACCUCAUCCCCCGUUCGGAAGCAGUUCCAGCUCGCGCUCGUCGCCGCCGCCGCCCUCCCCAACGCUCCCCCGGGCAGUUCCAGCUCACGCCUCGCCGCCGUCCACGCGCUCGCCGCCGGCAUCGCCCUCUCCCCCACGCCCCCCCUCCCCCGCCCCCCGCGCGCGCUCGGGCUGUCGUCGCCCUCCCCCGCCUCGACGACGACGCUCUCGCCUCCCCCUCAGGCCGUUUCCUCCCCACCCACCAAACCAUGCUCUCCGCCCAUGACUCCUCGACAGCAUCGCGGCCGCGGAGGACGUCGCCGGCGCCGGCCCCUCGCUCCACAUCCGCAUGAGGUCGCUGGCCUGCCUCCGCGCUCGACGAGUACCUGCCAACCCUAGGCCCUAGGCCCUAACGCCCUCCCAACCCCAGGCCCCUUCUUCCCUUCCUCCUUCCCCUUCACACCUCCGAUUUCGCGCGCCCUCGUCCCACGCCCAACCUUCCGGAAGCUUCUGGAACCUAGGGUUUCGAGCCCCAAUCCCGCGAAAGAUGCUAUCUUGCGCCUAGUAGCCUCGCGUGCUCGGGGGCGGAGGCAUGGACGGCGGCGGCGGCGGGGAUGGUGGCUCGAGCGGCGGGAGGUUCCCCAUUCUGCAGGCGAACCGGGACCCCGAAUCGAACUGGGAGGUGGAUGUCGCUAAGAGACUCGAGGAGUACCUGUUCAAGAUCUGCUCCGGCGAGGUCACGGGCGAGGACGGGGCCCACUCUGUCAACUUCGCCGAAGCGGCGCUGUUACUCCAGGGAUCAAUUCAAGUGUACAGUAGGAAGGUGGAGUACCUGUACUCAUUGGUGCUUCAUGCGUUGGAAUUCCUCUCACAAAAGAACUGCUGCAAUUCAUGGGGAAGAAAGGACCGAAGAGAUGAGAAGGUAAAAAGCGAAGAUGCAAUGGCAGAUGGGCAGGAUCAGCAUGAAAAUGGCUCAGCCCAUGGUAACGAAAAUGACGCCAGCACGAUAUCCAAUGAAGAAGAUGAUGUAUUUAUGGGGUUAGAUGAUGUCCCAGUGGAAGCAAGGAUCUCUCUGGAUAACAAUGUCGAUCGAGAUGAUUUACAAAGAAAAAAUGUGAGGCCACCAGCAAAUCUGCUGGUGUUCGAAGGAGAUUGUUUGGAUAGCGAAGCGAGUGAGCUAGACUCGUAUUUGUUGGCAACAUGUGAUUUUUACGGAGAUUUCCUUCUGCUGGAUCCAUGUGAUGCGCCAGCUGUUUUUGAAUUUCUGCAAGGAAAAUGUUCUGGUAAAGAAAAUAAUUUGGCUCAUCAAGGCAGCUCAGUGCCUUCUAAAAACCGACCCAGUGUGUUCACUUCCCCAAAUGGAAGAUCAGGGGGCACAGGUCGUAAAUCGGCCCCUGGAAAAGUCCAAGAAGAUCUAGAUCCAACUCAGGAGAAUCCUGGCCAAUCAAAUGCAAAUAAAACUGAAGAUAAUACCAAUGCAUGUGGCAACGGAUGGUCUGAUCCUGUUGACCAUGACUUUCCAGGUGAUUACAUACCACCUGACCCAGAUGAUUUAGACGAUCCUGGUGAUCCUGUUGGGGAGGAUUCUGAUGAUGAGGAUCCAUGGAAGCCUUUGAAUCCCUAUGAACCUGGCAACCUGAAGAUUAAACCUUACAGGAGAGUUAAAGGUUCUGCACGGCAGGUUAUCGGCACUGCAAAAAGGAAAACUCUGACAUCUUUAUUUCCUAUGGCAAAGAUGGAUGGUGUCAUUGUACCUGAACAUGCAAUGUCUUUUGAAGCACAACAAUCUCAGCAGGAGGAAAUUCAUGCUUCCCAAUCACCCCCUCCAUAUGAAAUGCUUAUGAGGUCAUUUGAAUAUGGAGAGCAAGGAAAUCCCGAUGUGUUUGGAGAUUCAAACUAUGACAUUGGACCCGAUAUUGGUGUUGGUUUUGAUGAUCCUGAUGAUUCAGAUAGUCCAAUAUGCGGCGACAUUGGUGUUGCUAUUGAGAGUCCAACAUGUCCUUCUGAGAGAAAGGAAGAACCUCCUAACGGGACUCAAGUUUCACAGGAGAAUAUGGAUACACAUGAAAGCCUAGACGAUUUGUGUCGGUCUCAUCUGAAUGCUCUCCUUGCCAGCAUAGCUGAGAUUGAACAGCAGAGUGAGAUGGAUGCUCGAGUUUCGACGUGGAAAGAAAGAAUUGAGCAUGCUUUGGAAGAGCAGGAUAAAAAUCCACCUUUUGAUAUUGGUUCAUAUGGAGAGCAAAUCCUUGACACGCUUUCAUCAAGUACAGACAAUAUGGGGAUUGCAUCUUUUAGUGAGAUUGUUAGUGGCAGACCAAAGUAUGAGGUUGCACGAACAUUCUCUGCCCUGCUCCAGCUGGUGAACGGCAGAAGUGUUGAUCUGGACAAAGGACAAGCCACGAAUGAGCUGGUGUGUCACACAGCUGAGAAUCCAUUCCAUGUAAAGCUCAUCGGUCCCAACCGGAGGCCAGAAAUGGAAGCACGCUUUGCACGGAAGAGAGGGAAGUCCCCACUGCAAAAUCCUGGCCAAGGUGGUGAGUCCUCCCUGGCGCAACGGGAGCCCCCGAAGAAACCAGCGCAUAAAAAUGGCAAGAUUCCAGUCAAGACAGCUAUCAGGCUGACCCCUGAUGGCAAGCGAAGGCGAAGGUCAGCUGCUCACCUAAUGCAGCCGAUCAAUCUGGAAUCCAGCGGAUGAACGGAUUGAUUUGUGGGCAUCCAGAGUGUGAUUCUUCUAAUUGUUGUAACCUCAGUGGCAGCUUCAUUAGCAGGGUUGGCUGUAAACCUGUAAGUUAUGACUUAGGCCUAGCUAGCGGGUGUACAUGUACAAUAGUUCGUUGUGCUGUUAUGUAGGUAUGGUAUCAGCCCCAAGUGUAAUGUUAACAGGGCAAGAUUUGUUGACGGACUUGCCCUUUUAUAUGUACCGGGACGACAUUGUCAAGUGAUUCAUUCUGAUUCAAUAAACUAGCAUUUUGUCGA